AUUUAGUAGUGAUUGAGGUUAUGUGAGUUUUCCGUGCAUUUCCCAAAGUUCUACAAAUCUUUGACAAAUAAGCAAUUUUUAAAGUUUAUUUUAUCACACAAGACAAAAAUAAUGGCAGAAGUGACUGAAAGUGUGGAAAAAGUUGAGGAAAAUACCAAUGGAGCCGCGGAAAAAGACAAUGAGCCGUCACAGCUUGAAUCCAGCAUUAUUCGUCAGGUGGAAUACUACUUCGGCGACACAAAUCUCGCACGUGAUAAAUUCCUACAGGAGCAGGUGGCAAAAGAUCCCGCCGGAUGGGUGGAUCUUACAGUCUUGCUCACAUUUAAGCGUCUAGCCGCCCUCACAACAGAACCCGAGGUAGUUUGCAAAGCUCUCGCCAAAUCCACAGAGAUGAUUGUGGAAGUUAAUGAAGAUCGCACAAAGCUCCGGCGUCACCCGGAUAAUCCACUUCCGGAACAGAAUGAGGAGACACGCAAAGAGGUCCAGGCACGCACAGUGUAUGCUAAGGGUUUCCCGGUGGAGGGAACAACAAUUGAGGAUUUAUUGGAGUACUUCCAGCCAUUUGAGAAAGUCGUAAACAUUCAGAUGCGUCGGCGUCCGGAGAAGAAAGACGGCAAUACAGUGCACGUCUUCAAAGGGAGCUGCUUUGUGACUUUUGCCACACUUGAGCAGGCUAAGGAGUUCGUUGAGAAGGAGAAAGUUGAGUACAAGGAGACAAAUCUCCUGAGAAUGUUCAAGGCUGACUACUUGGAGAAGUCCAAGCUUGAACAUGCGGAAGAGAAGAAGAAAAAGAAGCAGCAACAUAAGGAGGAGGAUUCUGCUUUCACCCUCCCAAAGGGUACACUGCUUCAUAUCACAGAAAUCGGUGCAGAUUCCACGGUGGAGUCAUUGAAGGAGGCUUUUGGGAAACUCGAAGCGGAUGUGGCAUUUGUGGAGUACAAACGUGGUGAGAAGGAAGCUAUGGUACGACUGAAGGUGGAAAAUACCGCAAAGACGGUGUUUGAGAAGCUCGAGGGUGGGAAAAUCACACUGGAUGGCGUUGAGGCGACAGCACGCCUAGUGGAGGGCACAGAGGAGGAGGAAUUUCUCGCCAAGACCAUCAAAACCAUGGCGGAGCGUAGGAAUUUCAAGAAAAACAAGGGCGGACGGGGCAACAAGGGUGGAAAGUAUCAGAAUAACAAGAAACGAUCAGCUCCAGCGGGUGACAACGAUGAGGAGCCUCCAGCAAAGAAGUAAACCUCGAAAAUUCCGCCAGAUCUAUUUUUUAUUGCUUCGUUUUGUGUAAAAAAUGCAAUUGAAAUACACGCAGCAUUGAUCUUAA